AUGCGAACGUCCUCCACUUUGCUCAGUGAAAACCAAGAUCAGAGUGGGGCGUACAGCGGGGCGUACAGUGGGGCGUACAGUGGGCGUACAGUGGGGCGUACAGUGGGGCGUACAGUGGGGCGUACAGUGGGGCGUACAGUGGGGCGUACAGUGGGCGUACAGUGGGCGUACAGUGGGGCGUACAGUGGGGCGUACAGUGGGGCGUACAGUGGGGCGUACAGUGGGGCGUACAGUGGGCGUACAGUGGGGCGUACAGUGGGGCGUACAGUGGGCGUACAGUGGGCGUACAGUGGGCGUACAGUGGGGCGUACAGUGGGGCGUACAGUGGGGCGUACAGUGGGGCGUACAGUGGGCGUACAGUGGGGCGUACAGUGGGCGUACAGUGGGGCGUACAGUGGGGCGUACAGUGGGGCGUACAGUGGGGCGUACAGUGGGGCGUACAGUGGGGCGUACAGUGGGGCGUACAGUGGGGCGUACAGUGGGGCGUACAGUGGGGCGUACAGUGGGGCGUACAGUGGGCGUACAGUGGGGCGUACAGUGGGGCGUACAGUGGGCGUACAGUGGGCGUACAGUGGGGCGUACAGUGGGGCGUACAGUGGGGCGUACAGUGGGCGUACAGUGGGGCGUACAGUGGGGCGUACAGUGGGACGUACAGUGGGGCGUACAGUGGGCGUACAGUGGGGCGUACAGUGGGACGUACAGUGGGACGUACAGUGGGACGUACAGUGGGGCGUACAGUGGGGCGUACAGUGGGGCGUACAGUGGGGCGUACAGUGGGGCGUACAGUGGGGCGUACAGUGGGCGUACAGUGGGGCGCACAGUGGGGCGUACAGUGGGGCGUACAGUGGGGCGCACAGUGGGGCGUACAGUGGGGCGCACAGUGGGGCGUACAGUGGGGCGUACAGUGGGGCAUUGUGA